GUGAGAGUGCCCUUCUCUCUUCCUUAUCCGGUUUAUAUGAUCGAAGAGGCUCGGCGAGGCAGGUCGGAAGCGGUGCGAACAUGGCCGAGCGAGUCCAGCAGCCUCCAGCCAAGCGGCUCUGCUGCCGGCCCGGCUACAACCCGGCGUGUAGGCAGCGGGCUGGAGGAGUCCUGUGUGGCGGCGGCGGCGGUUCGGGCUCCGCCGCGGGGCAGAGCGGCAAAGCGCAGAACCCGGAGUCGUUGCUCGACAUCGCGGCUCGCCGAGUGGCCGAGAAGUGGCCCUUCCAACGGGUGGAGGAGCGCUUCGAGCGGAUUCCGGAGCCCGUCCAGCGUCGGAUCGUAUACUGGUCGUUCCCGAGGAGCGAAAAGGAGAUCUGCAUGUACUCGUCGUUCAACGCCGGGACCGAGGAGAGUGGAACUAGCGGGGACAAUAACGACGAGACCCAGCUGCCGUUCCUCCGAGGUGUCACUCUGCUUGAGGGAGGCUGGGUGGACAACGUCCUGCAAGUCGGUUUCCAUCUGAGCGGCACAGUAAAAGAUCCCGCCACAUCAUCCUCCCCGGAGCUCAUCUGCAGCGUCAGUGUCAGCUUUGACCGUUGCAAGAUCACCGCUGUUACGUGCACUUGCGGCAACAAGGACAUCUUCUAUUGCGCUCACGUGGUGGCGCUGUCGCUUUAUCGGGUCCGUAAGCCCGAGCAGGUCAAACUGCACUUGCCCAUCUCGGAAACAUUGUUUCAGAUGAGUCGUGACCAGCUGCAGAAAUUCGUCCAAUAUCUCAUUUCGGUCCACCACACCGAGGUCUUGCCCACCGCACAGAAACUGGCUGAUGAGGUCCUGUCGCAGAACUCCGAGAUCAACCAGGUCCAUGGGGCACCCGACCCCACAGCGGGGGCCAGUGUGGACGAUGAAAACUGUUGGCAUCUGGACGAGGAGCAAGUUCAGAAACAAGUCAAACUCUUCCUGUCCCAGGGUGGAUACCACGGCUCGGGCAAACAGCUCAACCUGCUCUUCAGCAAGGUCCGUGAAAUGCUGAAGAUGCGUGACUCCAACGGAGCAAGGAUGUUAACACUGAUCACAGAGCAGUUCAUGGCCGACCCUCGGCUGGCGCUGUGGAGACAACAAGGCACCACCAUGACAGACAAGUACAGACAGCUCUGGGACGAACUGGGCGCCCUGUGGAUGUGCAUUGUACUUAAUCCGCACUGCAAGGCGGAGCAGAAGUCAUCGUGGCUGCAGCAGCUGCGCAGUUGGAACAGCGUGGACGUGUGCCCCUGGGAAGAUGGAAACCACGGCAAUGAGCUGCCCAACCUUACCCACUCGCUGCCUCAGGGUGCCCACGGCAACCAAGAGAUGCGGCCCCACAGGACUGUGUUCAUGCGAGCCAUUGAGGCCUGCGACCUGCACUGGCAGGACCGCCAUCUGCAGCACAUCAUCGCCAGUGACCUCUAUGCCAACUACUGUUACCACGAUAACCAAGAGGGCUCCCUUUUUGACGCACGUGGCUGGCCUUUGUGGCACGAACAUGUCCCAACAGCCUGCGCUAGGGUGGAUGCUCUGCGUUCCCACGGUUACCCAAGAGAAGCACUCCGACUGGCCAUUGCCGUGGUCAACACGUUACGACGGCAACAGCAGCGGCAACUUGAGCACUUCCGCCGGCACAAGAAAGAGUUGCUCCACAAAGGCCACACUUCCAUUACCAAUAUGGAAGGCUGGGUGGGACACCCUCUGGAUCCCAUAGGCACCCUCUUCAGCACCCUGACAGAGUCUGGACGGGUGGGAGAGGAGGGAUCCAAUACCUGCUUGGACCUCUCAGACUGUUCCAGCGUGGUGUCUCGGGCGGACCUCCAGCGAAUGCCCGUGCAGAGAUUGCUGGGCGACGGCGAGUCAUACGUGGCUCUGGCAGUAGAGACAGCGCUGAUGGGCCUGGGCCAGCAACGCGUGAUGCCAGACGGCCUGUACGCUCAGGAGAAGGUGUGCCGCAAUGAGGAGCAGCUGCUGGCCAAACUUCAGGAAGUGGAAGUGGAUGAUUCGCUGGUCAAGAUCUUUCGAAAGGAGGCUGUCUUUCUGAUUGAAGCCGGUCCGUACUCUGGCCUAGGGGAGAUCGUCCAUCGAGAAAGCGUCCCCAUGCACACCUUUGCACGCUAUCUCUUCACCUCCCUUCUACCUCAUGACGCUGAUUUGGCGUACAAAAUUGCACUGAGAGCCAUACGGUUGCCCGUGUUGGAGUCGACGGCCUCGUCUGGCGACCUGUCCAGGCCUCACCAUAUUGUGUCGGUGGUGCCUAACCGCUACCCGCGCUGGUUCACCCUCAGCCACAUCGAAUCUCAGCAGUGUGAGCUGGCCUCCACCAUGCUCACCGCAGCCAAAGGUGACAGUCGGAGGCUGGAGACUGUUCUGGAGUCUAUCCAGAAAAACAUUCAUUCCUCGUCUCACAUCUUCAAGUUGGCGCAAGACGCAUUCAAGAUCGCCACUUUGAUGGACAGCCUGCCUGACAUCACGCUGCUAAAAGUUGCCCUGGAGCUGGGACUGCAAGUGAUGAGAAUAACACUGUCCACCUUAAAUUGGAGGCGGCGAGAAAUGGUGCGCUGGUUAGUCACUUGUGCCACGGAAGUUGGCGUGUACGCACUGGACAGCAUCAUGCAGAGCUGGUUCACCCUCUUCACCCCCACUGAGGCCACCAGCAUCGUGGCCACCACAGUCAUGUCCAACAGCACCAUUGUGCGCCUACACCUGGACUGCCACCAGCAGGAGAACCUGGCGUCGUCGGCGCGCACCCUGGCCCUGCAGUGCGCCAUGAAGGACCCCCAGAACUGCGCCCUGUCGGCUCUGACGCUCUGCGAAAAGGACCACAUUGCCUUCGAGACAGCCUACCAGAUUGUACUGGACGCCGCCACCACGGGGAUGAGCUACACGCAGCUGUUCACCAUCGCGCGCUACAUGGAGCACCGCGGCUAUCCCAUGCGUGCAUACAAGCUGGCCACGCUGGCCAUGGCGCAUCUGAACCUUAGCUACAACCAGGACACGCACCCGGCCAUCAAUGACGUGCUGUGGGCCUGCGCGCUCAGCCAGUCGCUGGGCAAGAACGAACUGGCCGCCGUCAUCCCGUUGGUGGUAAAGAGCGUCAAGUGCGCCACGGUGCUCUCGGACAUUUUGCGUCGCUGCACGCUGACCACGCCGGGCAUGGUGUCGGCGCUGCACAGCCGGCGGAACUCUGGCAAGCUCAUGUCCCUGGACAAGGCGCCGCUCAGGCAGCUGCUGGACGCCACCAUCGGAGCCUACAUCAACACCACGCACUCGCGCCUCACGCACAUCAGCCCGCGACACUAUAGCGAGUUCAUCGAGUUCCUGGGCAAGGCGCGCGAGACCUUCAUGAUGGCGCAUGACGGACACAUCCAGUUCACGCAGUUCAUAGACAACCUGAAACAGAUCUACAAGGGCAAAAAGAAACUCAUGAUGCUGGUGAGGGAGCGCUUCGGCUGAGCUCCGCUACUUUUCUACCGACUCGAGUCUGCCUUCUUCUAUUGUGGUCAAAUCGGGCUCCCUUCGGAAAGACAGUCGAGCUAGCCGCCCCUCAUUUUAUUUCAUGGUCUGCAUUGUGUGAUAUAAUGUGGAGGCUUUAGUUUGAAAGUCAAUUUUUUUUCUAAAAAAUAUUAUUUGAAAAUGGGGAGGUAUCCAAGGACGAGUUCUCUAAUAUAAAAAUGAUGUAGCAUUUUAAGAUAAAAGUACUCUGAAAAAAAGUUGAUAUGACUGUCAUUUCCUCUAAUUAACAAAAUAUUUGAAUUAAGAAAUAUCCUAAAACAAUUCCAGUUCGGGGGGACACUAGACCCCAAACAACUCAAACUAAAGUACUGUCAUGAAAAAAUACUCUCACAAAUUUUUUAAAAAUUCUUUCGUGGUCUCAUGUCCCCCAAACCUGGAAUGGUUUGUGCAUAUCAUUCAGAUACUUUUUAAAUAUAUAUUUUUUAAUUUAUUUCAUGGUACCGUACAGGUAGUCCCCGGUUUACGAAAGAGUUCCCUUCCUGCGCUUUCGAUCUAUCCCGGAUUUCCGCUUAAGUCGGAAUUAACCCGUUACAUUCCUCAUGGUCUCAGUGCAUUUGCUUUUGUUGCCUCGUUUGCAGUAUUGUUAAUCUUACUUUAAAAAAGUAGUUACGGUUACAAAUUAUUUCUCCCCAAAACUAAUUGAGUUGGUAACCCCCGUACCGACAUACGUACUGAACCGUGACUUGUGUGUAUCGUCACACCCCAUAUAUAUAUAUACAGUAGAUGCAUUUUUCAUUUUGCGCGUGAGGCUCUGAAUCCCCUGCCUCUCGUGUCUUUGCUCUAGUGUUUUGAUUAAAAAACAUCACACAAGAUUCAUGGAUAUGUAAUUCAAGAAAAGUUUAGUGCAAGUUAUUAUUUUUGGUAAUAAAAAAAUAUAUAUAUAUUGUAACGAUGAUCAUGCACACUCAGCAGGAAAACAUUACAUUAUAGAAGUGCAACAAUUAAUCGACAACUAUUUUGAUAACCGAAUAAUCGUUUAGGACCCUCUUCACGUUAAACUUGUCUAAAUUCUUGCAGUUGUAUGUAAGAUUUCUUCAUUAUAUUUUUAAGUCAAAAUAGGACAUGAACAAAAAUCUUCUUUUACUUUAAAACCAACAAUUCACAUUUUUACAAAUUUUCAGACAUCUUACUUUCUAAACAAGCUUCUUAAUAAGGCUGCAAAAACUAAUCGAUUAACUCGAUUAAUAAAUUGGUUUCCAACAAAUUUGAUAAUAAUAAUAAUAAUAAUAAUAGAUACAGUUGAAGGAAGUAAUCUUCCAUUCUGUCUUCAUUGCUACUUACAACAUGCCGAAAACAACUUCAAGGUAAAUUAUGAAAGUAAUUGAAAGAAGUGACAUUUAUCCGAUUAAUCGUAUUUGACAAUAAUCGUUAGUUGCAGCCCUGGUACAUUAUUUUCAACUAAUUGUACCCGCAUGGACGCCACAAUCUGGCUGGAUGUAAAAAAAAAAAAAAAAGUUGCCCGAGAGUUUAAGAUGACACUCGCCGAACUAAAUGCUAAUGAGAACGCCAAUGUUAUGCUAACGCUCCGAACCACUUAGCCGAUCAUCAUCGCGUUUGCAACGGCGUCACCACCCCCCAUCCUUCCUCCCCCCUCCAGCUGAUAUCUCCCAGGCAGCUGCUAUAAAUCAGGCAACUUGUGCCUCAUUGUGCAAAAUUUUAGUAACGUACUCCUUUAAAUCAUCAGUAACGGUAACAGCGAUGCAAAGAUGGGAAAGGUAAUUUAUACCAAUACUCAUUAUUGGAAAAAAAUAAAGCCGUUAUACUCUAACGUUGCUAUGAAAAACACUGCUCGUUUGCUAGCUUUUAGCCACACAUUAUGCAGAAUGGACUUGGUUGUAGGUUCCUCUAAUGGCUCAGCAGAUGGCCUUUUCCCUGUAAAAAACCUGUCCAAAGAUGUCGCCGCCUGCAGCACACAGCAACAGCAGCUAACGUUACUGUUUACAUUGAUUGACACUGCCAUGCUGGGUUGCUUUAGGUGUGCAAACACUCCACUAAUGGCGCCCAACUACUAGAGGGCGACGCACACAAAUCUCUACCCGGAUUAGUCGAUAGAGUAGACAGGCCAAAUUGCGGUUGUUUACAAAUUAUUUAUUAUUUGUCUGCAACCCAGGUAACAAAUGCGCUACGGACCGGUACCGGUCCCCGGCCCUGUGGUUGGGGAUCACUGAUUUAGAGUUCAUCAGUUGGGAGUCCUAGAGUAGACUAGUGUCCCCCUGGAGAGGUCCCGCUCUCGGCUAUCUCCCUGUUCUUGUUUUAAUAUUUUAUGAAAAAAGGGACUCUCUGAAACCACUACGUUUCAUUUCCAUAAUGCAGACUAUGACCCAAAUAAGGGGCAGCUAGCAUGACUUCGUCUCUCUGACUGGAGGCAGGCCUGACCGCAGUCUUCUUUUUUGGAACUCCCAGGAAAGGAAAAGACAAAAAAAAAAAAACUGAGGUCGCAAAACGAAGCGCUGAAGCGGAAAAGGAAAAAAACAAACUCCACAGAGCCACACGCGGUAUUAUUGUUCUUGCUGUUGUUCUCGUUACAAACAUUAUCGCUAUUAUUAUUGAUAAUAAUAUUAUUACUACUACGUGUACAGAUUUUUUUUUUCUUUUUUACAAGAGAGGAAAUUCGUCAUGUUGUGAAUGUUGUGCGUCUGCGUGUGUAUGAAAGGAGAACGACAAUAUGUUUUGUUCCCAAACAUCUUUUUCUGUUGAGUUGGACGGGUGCAUCUCAAUACAUUACAAAAGAAGUAGUUCCAGUAGUUGAAUACCUAAAGUGAAUUUAUCGAUUCACUAAAAAGGUUGGGAAAUAUUUCAUGAUCUAAAUAUUACACAAGAACCAAACAAAAUGGUUAAUUAUCAAGAAAAUAUGUAGGAAUCGAUAUCACUCUUCCUGCAAUAUGUGUUGCAUUAAUUGAGCCAUUCUUUCAGUCAGUCAUGUAUUGUUUUCUUGUUCUUUGUACCUCAUUGGCUUAUCAGUUAGUUGGUUGUCUUUGUAAAUAAUACCAUGAAACCAAUCAGCAAUAUAGUUCUUAAUAUGACUAAUUGGUUCAAUAGUUACAAUUAGGCAUGUGCCGGUAUGAGAUUCUGACGGUAUAAUAACCUUAAGCCAAAAUACCACGGUUUCACAGUAGUGCAAUUACAGCUCUAAGAUGAGUUACAGUACUUUGAGAAUACCUGAGUUUAAAAAAAAAAAAAAAAAAAAACUUUUUCCAUUGAAUAGGAUCUUUGUUUUUCAUAUUAGCAAAUUGGAGCAUAAGUAUAAUGUUAAGUUCAAAUAAAUUAAAAAAUAACAAAACAUUAUGAAUAAAAUUAAAACAAAUGCAAUCCUUUAGGUGAGCCUAAACCCACAGCUCAACAUUAUUACCAUCAGAACAAAAAUAUUGAGUUAUUUUCCAUGAAAAGGGCAUGUGUGUGACUCGUAUCAUUCACAUUAUACACACUCUUUCUCAACACAGUUGUCAGAGAGAGGAAAAAAAACAUGUUUUACCACCGCUAGACACACUAAAUACGCUCAUAUUUUAGGUAUUGUCUCCUCGGCAGCCACCCUCCGCAAACAUGUUUUACAUGUCGGUUGGCCCUCCUCAUCUAAGCAUUUUUGUAGCCGAAGUAUUCCCAGACCAGCGAUUUCGUUUUUUUCGAUGGAGGAAAAAGUUCAGAAGUUUCACCUCCUCCAGCCACCGUGUAGUACAGCUGACUCACUGAGACUGAGCAACAACCGGUGGGUUAGGAUUGAGACUAGCAACUGCAAGCCAGGAAUUGCUCCCAGCAUUUCUGGGACAUAAAAAAAUAGCUUAAUACCGUCGGGACGGUAUGACGGAAAAUUUUUGCGGUUUGGAAACCUUAACGUUUUCUUACCACGGUAUACCUCGAAACCGGUAAUCGGCACAUGUCCAAUUCCAAUUAGUUCCAAUUAAUAUAGUAAUUAUCAAACAUUUAAAUUGGUUGAAGUAUUAUUAAAAUAAACAAUUUUGCACAUUUUAACUUGUAUUUUUGUCUCUCAUUUACAAAAUGACUUGGACUAAAAUGUAUCAUUUAAAGUCACUUUUCCAUUAAACUACUUGAUUCUAAUGUAUCGAGAUGCACCUGCAUGUGGCUGAAGGCCUUCUACAGUAGCGCUUGUGUUAUAAAACAAUUGGGGGAACUGCAUCAUCAGACCAGAAACUAAGGCUUUAAAAACACACACAGAGCACCUCCCCUUUAGCCCCCGGGCCCCCCAACAGGGGGCGCCCGGCAGCACUGCUCAUCUUCAAAAGGUAAAAAAGCCACCAUCAGCAUUUUCGUAGCACUGGAGCAGCCAUUAGUUUUCUCUCAGCGCCAAUUCGCACGACCAUGCUCUUAGCACCCAUCUGUGUAAUGUGAUGCAUGCGGCUAUCUGCAGACAUGGCACAUUAGAAUUCAUCCUACCUGCCUGGAUUAUGGUACAUCAACAGUAGCUACACCUGCAUAAUCCUAUACAAGAGCCGUAUCAAAAAAAUGUUUAUAUACAAACUGUCAGAGAGGUAUUUUUAGCCAUGUGUUUAUUUAGCUCCAAUAUUUUUGGGUGAAUUAGCGGCGACACUGGGCAACAAUUUUUAAAUUAAUUCGGGUCUGACACCUGUUUUUAACUACAUAAUUUUAGGAUGCGUAAUCCAAAACUGAACUCGGUUUUUCAGGUCAGGUGUUUGAACUAUAGGAUCCCCUGUUUUGUUUUAAAAAAAAAUAAUAAAAGAAAAAAAGAAAAACACUGUACUUAACAUUUGUGCUUAUAUACUAAAAAUAUUGACAUGCGAUAAAAUAUGAAAGAAACAAGCAUGACAGCAAUGUUUAACACUGUGACGUCUUUACAAAGGAUAUGAUUAGUUGUGUGCAUGUAGUAACAACAUAGUAAAUAGGUAAACUGUAGAAAAGAAAAAUUGACCUGCGUGCAAAAAACUGACACCAUAUUUGAAUUAUGCAUCCAAAAAUGUAUUUAUUUUUAUUUACAUCAACGUGAAAUGUAAAAUAAGAGAUUUUCUUUAUAAGGUUGUCCAAUAUUAUCAUGUUUCAGGGCAAUAGACAGAGAGGGUUGGCAGUAAAGGCAUCUAAAUUCCAAUAGGUUAAUAACUUGGUAGAGAUAAAAACACAAAGGUAAUCUUUUGUGUGCAGAAAGUCCUUACACAUUGCAGAUACUUUUUAAAAUGGCCAAAUGUACAGUCAUGUGAAACAAUUAGGACACCCCAUUCAAUAUUCAGUUCUUUAUUAAGAAAUAUUCACAUAUCGGUGUCUGAUCUUGUUUUUCUCUGGAAAAGAAAGGUAAACAACAAAAAUUAACAUUGUUUUACUCCAUAAACCAAAUAUAUCAACAAAAAAGCAUAUUCUAACUGCGGAAAAAAUUAGGACAUCCUACCACCUAAUAGCUAGUGUUACUGCCUUUGGCUGAAAUAACCUUUUUGUAGCAAUCUUUGGCAUCGGUCUGCUAGAAAGUUUGCCCCACUACUCAACGCAGAAUACUUUCACCAGUGACUGACUAUUAAAGUGAGAUAAAACACCAUGGUGAGAUGAAAGGAGCUGUUUGAGGCCUUCAGAAAGAAGAUUGUAAACGCUUAUGAGUCUGGUAAAGGAUUUCAAAAGAUCUCAAAAGAAUAUAAAAUCAGCCAUUCCACUGUCCGGAAAAUAGUCUACAACUGGAGGACAUUCAAAACAACUGCCAACAUGCCCAGGUCUGGCCGUCCAAGCAAGUUCACCCCGAGAGCAGACCGCAAGAUGCUGAAAGUAGUCUCCAAAACCCCCUAAAAUCACGGGACCUACAGCAUGCUCAGAAAGAGACUUCACAAAAUUUAGCAUUCAUGAGAGGUGUUGAAGGAGGAAACCUUUGCUCUCCAAGUAGAACAGUAGAACAUGAAGGCCAGACAGAAGUUUGCCAGAAUGACUUUAGGCAAAGAGCAGGACUUCUGGAAUAAUGUUCUUUGGACAAACUAAAAUUAUUUGGGCACCAGAAUAGAGGACAUAUUUGGCUCAAACCCAAUACAGCAUUCCAGGAAAAGAACCUCAUUCCAACUAUGAAGCAUGGAGGUGAAAGUGUCAUGGUUUGGGGAUGCUUUGCUGCAGCAGGACCUGGCCAGCUCACCAUCACAGAAUCCUCCAUGAAUUCUAUCAUGUAGCAUACCAGUAAAUCCACCAAGGAUCUGAAUGGGAAGAAAUAGAGAGUCCUGGAAUGGUCGCGUCAAAGCCCAGAUCUUAAUCCCAUUGUGGGGUCACUUGAAACUGGCUGUACAUGCAAGAAACCCUUCAAACAUCUCACUGUUGAAAGUAUUCCUUGUUGAGGAGUGGGGCAAACUUUCUUCAGACCAAUGUCAAACACUGGUAGAUGGCGACAAAAAAACGUCUCACUGAAGUUAUUUCAGCCAAAGGGGGUAACACUAGCUAUUAGGUGGUAGGUUACAAACAUUUUCCUCAGUUAGAAUAUGCAUUUUUGUUGAUAUAGUUGGUUUAAUUAAUAAAACAAUGUUGAUUUGUGUUGUUUACCUGCAAUCAAUUCUUUUCCAUAGAUAAAGGAAAAACAAGAUCAGACAUUCAUAUGUGAACAUUUCUUAAUAAAGAACUGAAUAUUUAAUGGGGUGUCCUAAUUUUUUCACAUUAUAUAAAAAAUUGUGGGUCCAUACUUUGGAAAUUGAGCCAAUUUCAUUUCAUGCACCGAAAUCAAGUGACACUUCAAAUACUGUUUAAAUGCAAGCAUCUCUCUGACAGUGUUCUUGAGAAGUAUCGUGCUGGUGGACUGUUGUUCUGUCCAGUGAGUAGAGCUGUGCUGAAGGGGUAUUACCUCAAUGAUGCAGUGUGGAACCUGCUCCCAACGGAAGUGUGCUGUCGCCAUGGCACAUAUUUUAGCAGUGUUCGUCAAUGGUUCUUAUCCCUUCCCUCCGAUUGGCUACAAAUAGACGCGUCACCUCUCAUCCCAUCAGCCAUUUUCUUGAUUUCACCCCCCCCCCACCACCACCAAACAGGCCAGUGUCAUUGGUUUCCCUGUGUGUGUCAUAGCAAUGAGACUUUCUACUGUUGGAAAAAAAAGUGUGCAAGCUCCACUAAUUGUCCACCGAGCGUUCUCAGGGAUUUCUUCCUUUCCUCCACAAGAAAAAAAAAAAGCGGAACAAAACCAACGACUGACUACAGGAAAAUGGAAAGAAAAAAACAAAACAAAAAAAACACCACAACAUGAGCGAGCAUUUAUUGUACUCUGUAUAUAUGCCAUAGUAUAUAUGUCUGAAUAUGGAGGAUCUGAAAGUAUAUGUUAACUAAUUUAUACAGAGUAUUCUAUGUAAUGUGAAAUACUUGAAGCCGCUGUAGUUUGCUCUCUUUCUCUCUCCUGUCUCCUUUUUUAUUAGUUUUUUUGUCAUGUGAUGGAAACAUAUCAGGAGGACAAGACUUCAUUCCUGCUGACUAAAGCAUACAGACCAGGAAAGGAGGUCUGAAGUACUCACUGGGGGCCAGUAACGCAUUUUUUAAUCGCUUUAAUCCACUUUAAAUUCAUUUCAUGCAGUAAAAAUCAACACUGAGUCUCCUAUUUACGCACACCUGUCAACAAAAGUUCUGUCUUUACUCUCAUUUUUUUGUCCUUUAUUUUACUGUAAAUGUGUCUUGACAAAAAUAGCAGCCUUUUCUUCUUGCCUUGUCUUAACGCUUUAACGUAACCAAACAGGAUUUCUGUCUAACAACCAAACGCGUUUAAAAGGGGUGAGAGGCGAGCCACCUUGGUCCAGCUUUAGUGUCCUUAAUUAGUAAAAAAAGAAAAAAAAAAGGAAAAAAAGUGAAUGGCUGUAUUGUUUAACUCUUCUUAUCUGCUUUUGAUGACAAAGCAGCUCCUCAUGUGUCUCUGGUGGUUGAGAACAAAAAAGAAAAAAAAAAGUGCAUACGUUGUCCGCUGUCUCGCAAGAAUUUCCUCUUGAGUCUUUCUAGCUGUUUUCUUUCCGUUUGUGUAGGAAGCUCUCUUCUUUUUUUAUUUAUUACGAUGACCCAUGUAUACAUGCUUCUGAAAUUCAAAUUUGAUACGCCGAUAUCAAUUUAUUUAUGUAACUAAAUCACUGUUUUAUAAUCUUGUUAAAGUCAAUAAUUGAUUUUUUUGUUUGUUUCUUUGUUUUGUUUAAAUAAAAGUUAAUUUUUGAAAUCUUGACGUCCUUUACUGCACUUUCCUUUAGUAAUUGUGGCCAUGUGUCAGACAGAACAUAGUCAUGAUAUCGUCAUUCCAGAAUUGUUGGACAUUUAUUGCUUCAAAAGUCACUUCUUUGAUUUUACAUCCAUCCAUACAUUGUCUACCGCUCAAUACGGGGUGUUACUGCUGAACGAGAGGACAAACUUAUGGCGGAAAACACUCAGGUUCCGCUCUGAGAACCCCAAUUUGGCCAAAUUGUGUGUGUGAUACAACAAUGGGAAGCUUAUAAUCUCUUAUUUUCUGGGAGAAGAACAGUUUUGAACAGGAGGGCAUUUUUUGACACCCCAAAUCAGGUGAGUGAAAAAUAGACAUUUUUGAGACUUUUGAAAUUUUCUUUAUGUUUCUCAUUUUAAAAAAAGAAAAAAGUUUUGGACACCCAUCCUGGUUCAUAAUAAAUAACAAACACUUCAAGAUGAUCCCCCUUUAUCUACUCAAGUCUUUGAUAAUCAAUAUGCAUGCACGAGACGUCGGUGGAUGUACAAUAAAAAAGCAAAUCUGUGUGUGAGUCAUCUAAAUUUAAUUUAGCUUUGUGUUUUAUUUUGUAAAUAAACAUGGCUAAACGGGGAGUUAGCUGUAUAGUUAAUGACUUCACUGCAAACAGUUUUGAUUUGGCUUGAUUUUAAUCUGUGCAAAGAAAAACAUUUCCAGGAGAAUGUUAGGGGUUAAAUUCCAAUGCCGUAAUAUUCUGAUUUUUGCAGUGGGCUUUUAAAAUAUUUUUUUCAACUAUGAUUAAAGAAUGUGAAUACAAGAUAGAGAAUAAAAGGCUCCAUAUGCAUUAGGGGACAUAUAAAUGUGAGUACAUAACACUAUUUAGCCUAUUUAUUGUAUUGAAGCUUGAAGCCUAGGACAUAGGCUUUAUGA